CGCGGCUCGCUAGCUCCCAGUGCCGCGGUUCUGCGCGCCCCUCCGCCGGGCCCGGGAAACCCGCUGUGCUAACGGCCCGGUCCGGGCGGGAGGGCGGGCGGACGCCGCGGCCCGGGAGGGGCGCCGGCCUGGCGAGGCCUUCAGGUCGCUGUAACUGACCCAAGUCACUUUCGCCUUGGCCCCGUAAAAUGUAGAGCGCAGAACACGACGUAGGCCCCCGCGCGUCGGGGCAGCACUCCUUCCCCCGCAGGAAGCUCGCGGGCGGUGUGGCCGCCCGACCUGGGGAAGAGCCGGCUUCGGUAGUUCCCUCGAUUCUCACCCACUGCUCCAGACUCUUGCUGGGACGGCAAGAUGUUGGUCUCUGGAAGCUAAUCAGUGAGGCUUCCUUGCUGGUCCACCCGUGUCCUGACCCUUGAAUGAUCUCAGGAUAUCUAUGCCUGCAUCCUUCUAAGGAUCGCUAUUUAUGGUCGUUGCGUUAUCUUUUACUUACUUGGCAGAGGAAAACUGGGAAUUGAGGAUUUGGUGAGGCUUGAAGUGCGGGUGGACGUAAGAAAGGUUUUGAGAUAGCCUAUGUAGCUCUGUCUGCGACGGAAUUUAUUACGUAGACGAGCCUGGCUUCGAACUCACAGAUAUAAUAUACUCCUGCCUCUCAGAUGAAGAGAUCAAAGGGUCCUUUCUCUGUAAUAGAGGCUUUGAGUACUCCACUGGGCACCUAGCUUGAAAUCCUGUCAUCAGAGUUCAUGCUGUUCUGUGAAGUGGAUGUGUAUGCUCCUAUUUUAAAAAAUGAGUUUAACUAGUGAUGUAUUAAGAGUUGAAACCUGGCUUUUGGCAACGUGGCAUGUUAAAGUGCCUCUAAUGUGGCUAGAAGCUUGUGUUAAUUGGAUCCAAGAAGAAAAUAAUAAUGUUAAUUUGAGCCAAGCACAAAUAAACAAACAGGUGUUGGAACAAUGGCUUCUUACUGACCUGAGAGACUUGGAAUAUCCUCUCUUACCUGAUAACAUUUUAGAAAUUCCAAAGGGAGAACUGAAUGGAUUUUAUGCUCUACAGAUCAAUUCUUUGGUUGAUGUAAGUCAGCCCGCGUAUUCCCAGAUACAAAAGCUGAGAGGAAAGAAUACAACCAAUGAUCUAGUUUCAGCUGAAACACAGAUUACUCCAAAACCAUGGGAAGCAAGGCCUUCCCGGAUGCUGAUGCUACAGCUCACGGAUGGUGUCACUCAAAUUCAAGGGAUGGAGUAUCAGUCUAUUCCAGCUCUCCAUGGUGGUCUUCCCCCAGGUACAAAAAUUUUGGUUCAUGGACGCAUUUCAUUCCGUCUUGGUGUUCUCUUGUUGAAACCAGAAAAUGUGAAGGUGUUAGGGGGUGAGGUAGAUGGUCUUUCAGAAGAAUAUGCUCAAGAGAAAGUACUUGCAAGAUUAAUUGGUGAACUUGAUCCUACAGUUUCAGUUGUACCAAGUAAUUCUGAUCACAGUUUGCCCAGAGUUUCAGGAGGGUUGGAUGCUGUUUCAGGACCUUCAGAUGAAGAACUCUUAGCAAGUCUCUAUGAAAGUGAAGAGCCUGCAUCAAGCAAUGAUACAUCACCCACGGAAGGAAGCUGUUUCAGCACAGGCAGCUCCUCAACUCCCACUCCCAUAAUUCAGUCUAGUUUUGAGCCCGGAUGUAAUAUUUAUUCAAAGCACAAGGAGAAGCCAAACCAGUCUGUGCAUUUCACUAGUGGAGAGUUUGACGACUUCUCACUGGAAGAGGCCUUGCUUUUAGAGGAAACUGUCCAGAAAGAACAGAUGGAAACAAACGCAUUACAACCAUUAACUUUGAAGAAAAACACAGAUAAAUGUGUAGAGAUAUUUUCACAUAAACCUAAUACUCUGAACCAUACUCCUUUGAUUAAUAAACAAGAAAACAGCAAUUGCAAUGAAAAAAAAUUAUCUGAACAAAUAGUUUACAAAGACAAAUUUUUUAGCUGCCCAUCUGCGAGAGACCAUAAGAGACUCUUAGCCCAUGAUUUUACAGAUGACAGUAAGACUUUGGAAGUCAGUAAUACAACAGAGCAAAACAUUGACAGUUCAGAUGAACAUUGCUCCAGUAAUAAAAUGUUAAACAGAAAACUAGGAACCUGUCUAUCAGAAAAGAGUUCAGAGGUUUCUAAUGAAAAUGGCUCCCCGUUACAGGCUCAGUCUUCAAGAUCAGUUGAGAAUAAUACUGAUCUCUCUAUUGACAUGGACUUACAUUCUCCACCCUUUAUCUAUUUGUCUGUUCUAAUGGCCAGGAAGCCAAAGGAAGUCACCACUGUGACAAUCAAAGCAUUUAUUGUCACUUUGACUGGGAAUCUCUCAAGCUCCGGUGGCUGCUGGUGUGUAACUGCAAAGGUUUCUGAUGGCACCGCCUAUCUAGAUGUGGACUUUAUAGAUGAAAUACUUACCAGUAUGAUAGGCUUUUCAGUACCAGAAAUGAAGCAAUUAAAAAAAGACCCUCUGAAAUAUCAAAACUUCCUAAAAGGGUUACAAAAAUGUCAGCGAGAUCUGAUAGAUUUGUGUUGCCUAAUGACUAUUUUGUUUGAUCCUUCUUCACAUAAAGCCUUGGUACUUGAAUUACAAGAUGUUGGUGUGGAGCACCUUGAGAACCUAAAGAAGCGGCUGCAUAAAUAAUUUGACAAAAUACUAUUGGAGUACACUUUAAAACAUGCAAAUAUUUGUUCGUAUUAUUUUUGAAACUCUGUAAAGGAAGAAAAAGCUUUUGAGCUUAAAAAUGGGUGAGAUGGCUGAGUGGUUAAACAGGCUUCUGCCAGGUCUGAGGACCUGAGUUUGAUCCCUUGGUCCCUUGUAGCUGAAGGAGAGAAACAACUCCCAAAAUCUGUUGUCUGUCCUUCACACAUGCAGCAUAGAGCUUGUGCACACAUAAAAACACAUAUACACUAAGUGACAUUUAAAAAUAAAGGUAUCUAAUCAAAA